GUUCAGUACGCUUCUGUCACUCGCCCGGCCAACAACACGGCGCGCUUGCUCCGCUCAGGUCCGCUCCACCGCCACCUCGAUCCCGAUCUCGAUCCAUACCGCUCGUCAUACCGCCCAUACCGCUGCAGUUGUCAUUCGAAAGUGUCUCGCUCGGCGGCUCCAGACCAACCAGUUACAAAACCAGUUACAAGCACUUAAGUGCACUGGCGAAAACAAUUGCAUUGUAAACAGCGACAGGAGGGGAAAGAACGUGAGAAAAUGCAUCAAUUAUGGAAGCGCAACUGGAGCUGGACUCUGCUGGUUGUCUCGGCCCUGCUCCUCCCUUCGGUGGCCAAUUCGGAGGAAUGCGGCCAGGAGGACUUCGCCAAGUGCGCCGAACCACUUGAUAUGCUGAAUUUAUCGUCGAACUUCUCGCUCGGUCCGGAGACCAAGGAGGACCUGGACAAACUUUGUCAUGAGCUGCGCAAGGGAGUGAGAUGCAUCCAGAGCUACACUCGCCGUUGCAUGGAUAUGCAACAAAGGAACCAAUUCAACAAGAUCUACCACGGAACCAACCAGUUCAUUCGAGAUCUGUGCAACAGGGGUCCGUUCCAGGAUGAGUACCUGCGGCAUGCCCCCUGCAGCAACACUGCGAGAAAGCAGUUGGCGGUUUGUGGCGAACAGUACAAGGAGACCAUGGAGUUCCUGAAGCCAAAUAAGAAUAAGGAUAACUCGGAGAAUGGCACCCACAAUGAAAACAUUAAAACCAUUUGUUGUUCUAUCCACGAACUUGUCGACUGUUCGGAAGCUACCGCACGAAGAAUUUGCGGCUAUGAAGCGGGUGCUUUCACGCGUAAACUGGUGGAAAAGUAUGCCAGCAGCCUGACCAAGAUCUACUGUGAGUCCUUUACCCGAAAUCCGGGAAUCUGUCGGGAAGGCGAUGGCAAUGGCUCCAGUCGAGCGGGUCUGAGCAGCUUAAGCCUUCUCCUAGCAGGAACAUUACUUACACUGCUGGUCAGCAGAGGCAACAGAUAGACGGCGCAACUACAGCUAAGUGCAAAUAUCUAGAACCAGUCUUACCAAAUCGGAAUAAUGCGCUGCAAGAGAGGAGAGAAAUAGUUAAGGUUUCCCCCAUCACACCGAAAGAAUUCCACACGCUGUUGCAUACGUUUGGCAGUCAAUUUAGGCCACAAAAAUCCCCGAGCGAUCGAAGGAGUAAGCUAUAAAGUAAAGUACAUGUUAAGUAUGUUAUGUAUACCAGUAUGCAUAUAUAUAUAUAUAUAGGGAAUAGAUGAGCAGUGUCAAGCAUAGCUAAGAUCGUAUAUGAAUACGGAUAUGUAUGUUACUAUAUAAUGGAUAUAGGCUAGCUAGUUAGAAUCAGUGUUGAGUGUUGCAGGCAGGUUAGUUGUUGUUGGCCUUACUUUCCAAUCGUCGUCGAUCGUGCAAUACUAGAGUUUCGUUGAGUUUGUUGAAGUUGUCCAGGCUUUAAGUGUAGGCAUAUUUUAGAGAAUACCCCUAAGUUUCACAAAUCGUUCUUAGCUGAAGUUAGAGUGCGCCCACAACCCACCUCCGUUUUCCGUAACACUGUCAGCAAUAUCUAGGUGUUUUUUUAGAAACACCUCUGUACCUCCAUCCCUUAUUAUAUUUGCAAAAGUCACACAUCUAAGCGCACAAGAAAAUAAAUCCCCGAGUGGAUCUUUCCUCACAUAUCGGCAAUAACGUAAAAGUGCAUUUCUAUGAAUCAGGAAUUUUAAAAUUAUUUAUUAAAUUAUUUAGUGGUAGCGUAUAUUUAUUUCACACUCUGUAAAUACCUUUAAUAAUAUCCAAAUUCGAGAAAAUACAUAAAACUAAAUAUUAGUUUAACUUAAACGUACACACACACACAAACACCUUCUUACAAAAAACUGUGAAUAUAUAUUAUGAUUAAAGAGUAACAUUUAUUUUAAGUAAAACACACACAUGCAUAUGCAAAGAAAAACAAUAAAAAAUGAGAAAAUAAAUUAACGCAAAAAA